AUUCACGCAAAUAAUCUGGCUUUUCGGUGUUUGACAAAUUAAUUUCCAUGUGAAAACACAAAAUUAAAAUAAAAGUUUUUACUUCACAAAAUGUUAUGCCGACUCUGUUUAAAAGAUUCUAAUUGCUGUUUGGAAAUAUUUGACGUUAAUGGCGAACAAUUGGAAAUUGCAGAAAUAUUGAAACGACAUUUCUGGUUCCAGCCUCUGCCUAAUGACACCAUUUCAACGGUGAUAUGUCGAAUUUGUUGGUUAAAAGUAAGCGAUUUCCAUCAAUUUUAUUUGGCAAUAGAACAAGCACAUUCGAGUCUGAGUGAUACCUGCGUGAAACUUGAAACCGUAACUGUGACUGAUCAGGAUUUUACUGAACAGUCUGUUCAAAUUAAAGAGGAAUGUUCAGAAUUUUUACACAUAAAUGAGAAAGUUGAAGAAUUGGUUAAUCCAUUAUAUGAAGCCGAAUUUCAGCAUAGUAUGAUUGAGGAUUCAGAAGAAGAUGAAAUAAAAACCAAAGAAAUUAAAAAUGAGUCAGACAUUAACAUAACAGAAAAAACACUGAGACAAAAGCGGAAAUAUGUGCGAAGGAAACAAUCAAAAAAAAGUCUGGGAAAGAGUAAAUUGGAUGAAGAUGAAGAGGACAGUGAAGAUGAUGAUGAUGAUGAUGAGCAGGAGAAACCAAAACGGCAAAAAGUUAUUACCUCAACUCCACAAGACGACGCUAUGGUUAAAAAACACAUUCCCAUGGGUUGUGAACUUUGUACAUUUGUGGGCGAAGACUUCACCGCAAUGGCUAAACAUUUCCGUUUGCAACAUCCCAUGAUUAAACCGUACAUUCGUUGCUGCAACAAAAAAUUAAAUAAACGUUUUAAAGUUGUUCAGCACGCGUACAAACACGAGGAUCCUGAUUUUUUUAAAUGUCAGGAUUGCCAAAAAGUUUUUUCUGAUCGGUACACUUUAAAAUCUCAUAUGAUUGCUGCACAUGCCCCAGAGGAAGAACUCAAUUUCGCAUGUGACCAAUGUCCCAAAAAGUUUUCACGAAAACAUUUAUUAGAGUUACAUCGGCCUUCACAUGUACCAAUGGAUGAGCGCUCUUUCAUAUGUGAUCAAUGUCCAAACAGUCGAUUUGCUAGCAAUCAUUUAUUGAAAAUUCACAUAAGCAUGCGUCAUCGUCGGGCAACUAACGUUUGUCAUGUGUGCGCUAAAGAGAUWCGGGAUAAAGCAUCAUUUGAAAAGCACGUACGUUUACAUUUCGAAGACAGCGGACCUCGUGUUAAAUGUCCACGACCUGAUUGCGAUCGAUGGCUUAAGGAUGAAGAAAAUUUGCGGCAGCAUAUGCGUCGACAUAAUGAUGAGGGAUUGGUUUUCAAAUGUGAUGAAUGUAAUCGCGUUUGCAAAAAUCGUCGCGCAUUACGAAGUCAUAUACUUUAUGUGCACUCAAAUGAAGUUUUCACCUGUGAGGAGUGUAAUAAAACUUUCAAAAAAGCAAUUACUUUGAGGGAACAUAUGGCACAGCAUACUGGUGAAAGCCUCUACAAGUGUCCAUUUUGUACUCGAACUUUCAAUUCAAAUGCUAAUAUGCACUCGCAUAAGAAAAAAAUGCACCCUAUUGAAUGGGACGUGUGGCGAAAAACGAAACAAGGGAGUUCACAGCAGUUGAUAAGCAAACAACAGAGCAUUUUGUAAAUAAAAUCCAUAGCAGUAAUAAUAGCUAUUAUGAAAAUUAUCAAUUUCAGAA